AGAUAAAAAGGAAAAGCAAGACAAGAGGGGAGGAAGGGAGAGAAAUGAAGGCUAGAGCAAGAAAGGCCGGGCAGCUGGGAUCUCUCCCCUGCCUCCCGGGGUAGUUGGAGGGGCCGCCUUGAGUAUUGUGAGAAGGCGAGGGGGAAAAUGAGCCUGGAUCUCGCUCUCUGGCCCCCCUCCCCCCUCCGCCUUUCUGCCUGCUUGUCUCCCUUUUCCUCAAGAUAGGAUUGGAGGCUGGGGAGCAUCUCGGGCUGAUAAUUUGACUUCGGGAGUGAAUGUUCCCUCCAGCAGUAGGUGGUGAUGUAAUAGGUACUAGGACGAUAUAAAUAUCGGCGGCCAGGGCCCGGGAGCUAUGGCUGGCUGCUAGGAGAGAGCUCGCACCCUCCACUCACACGGGUCUUCUCUAGUUGAGAUCCAAGUUCGUAGCAGUGGCCAGUGACUCGACUGCUUCUCUGUGUCUCUCUGUGUGGCUCUCGGGGGCUUCCUCGCUACGUUUCUCUCCGGCUCGCUUCUCGUUCCCCGCUCCCUCUCUCGCCGCGUCUCUGGGGUCUCCGCCUCCGGCCCUUCUCCUGCCCCGAGCAGCUCCGGGGACCGGCCGAGCCGAGAGCCGCUGGGCGGCCCGUUUACGAAUCGGAUCUCCUAGCCCGGGCUGCUGUCGCCUCGCCCUCCUCUCUUCUCCUUGUCUGGUCAGAGCCCAAGAGCCCGAAGCGGGCAGGGCAGGGCAGGGGGUAUUUUUAGAGUCAUUGACUGCCUCCAGCCAAACCACGUGUGUCCCCCCUGGAGCCGGGAUGCCUCACCCCUCAGCCUUGCUGCCCGCGCUGCUGCUGGGCCUGCUGUCCCCCUGGCCGGGCCGUGGGAGCCCUCUGCCCGCGCCCCAAAACGACACGCUCGACCCGCGCUGGGAGACCCUCUUCUCCCGCUCCAUGGGCCGGCUGUCCGGGGACAGCAAGGAGCUGAGCCGCGACUAUCUGCUGGGCAUCAAGAGACUGCGCCGCCUCUACUGCAACGCGGGCAUCGGCUUCCACCUCCAGGUCCUGCCCGACGGGAGCAUCAACGGCGCGCACAACGAGACCCACUACAGUUUGCUGGAGAUGUCGCCGGUGGAGCGGGGAGUAGUGAGCCUCUUCGGCGUCAAGAGUCGCUUUUUCGUGGCCAUGAACAACAAGGGCAAACUCUACGGCUCGCCCCACUUCAAUGAUGAGUGCACCUUCAAAGAAAUCCUCCUGCCUAAUAACUACAACGCCUACGAGUCCCACAAGUACUCCGGCAUGUACAUCGCCCUGAACAAAACUGGGAAACCCAAGAAAGGCAACCGUGUGUCCACCACAAUGACUAUGACCCACUUCCUGCCCAGGAUCUGAGCCUCGGCUCGGGCUCGCUGCCGGAAGGGGGUCCCCACUGGCCCUCGGGCCAACCAAACUCGGUGCACUUUCAAUGGAGACUUCUGCGGGAGCAGGUGUAUGUAACAUAGUUAAGUUAAUUAUUUAAAUCUGUAUAUAUUGCCACAAAUUUAUUUAUGAUUCUGU